AUGGCUGAUCCCAAUCAGCGCGUCAAUACGGCUUUUGCGCCACCACCACCCUUGUGGAAGCACUUCACACGCGACAACCUCGACAAGUUAAAAGAGAUCAAGACCGAGGCUUCAAAGAACAAGGAUGGGCGACCAAUCCGCAAGGAAUGGUCACCAGCAGAAUUACGCGCACUUAAUCUCCCCCCAGAGCUUCGAUUUUUAGUCCCGCCAGAUAUUCCCACGGGGGAAUAUUCAGUUUUUGGCGAAUUGCAAACACUAUCAACCACCUUACCUUCCCUGCAGGAACAGGGAAUUGAACAACUUUACCCCGAACCACCCACGAAUACCACACAAGACCCUUCGCAACCGCCCCAAUCACCACAGCCGCUGAGCCACGCCUAUUACCUCCUCAAGAUCAGCAAAUCCCUCCUCCUUAACUUCCUCGAGUUGGUCGGAAUUCUGUCCGUCUCACCAGAACAGUUCGAACCGAAAGUCGAGGACAUGCGCAACCUCUUCAUCAAUGCACACCAUCUUCUCAACCUGUACCGCCCCCAUCAAGCCCGCGAAUCACUCAUCAUGAUGAUGGAAGAGCAGCUGGAGCGAACCAAAGAAGAAAUAAAACAGAUGGAUAAAGUUAAGGCCGAUAUUGAGGGUCUUCUGGAGGAGAUCCAAGCAGAGGGCAGUGACAUCCGGUCAAUGCAGCAAUCAGCAGAUCCAAGCAGUCUGGGGUCAGCGUCGCGCAAAGCUGAGGAUUCACGUUUGAUCUGGGACCUUCUUGAAAAGGAGAUUUGA